AUGUGGAACGACGAAGAUAACAAUCCCUACGGGGCCUUUGACCAACAUCAGCCUGGCCUAUCUGACUCCCUACAUUCAGCCGCACUCUCUCCCCCUCUCUAUGAACAUGACUCAACCCCUCCAUCUAGCCGCGACUCCACCAGCGAGCCUCCUGAUUACAUCACUCAUCCAGAAGACCUUAGCGACCCCGAGGAUGAGGCCGAGUAUGGUGCCGCCAGUGAACAAUACCCUCGGAAGAGCGUCUAUGAUAGCCGGAUUGAGCAGAUCCUUUAUGAAAAUCCUGAGAUGCCAAUUUUGAUCACGGAUGCCGGGAAAAACCAUGAGGGCGGCGGGAGCUUUAUUGUUUACACAAUUCGGACUGCGGACCUGGAAGUGCGCCGUCGAUACUCCGAGUUUGCAUCAUUGCGACAAACCCUUGUCAAUUUGCAUCCCACCUUGGUCGUUCCGCCGAUUCCCGAGAAGCAUAGCAUGGCGGACUAUGCAGCCAAACCCACCAGAGCUAAAGAUGAUAUGGCCAUUAUAGAUCUCCGGAAGCGCAUGCUCAGUGUGUUCCUCAACCGCUGCAGGCGUAUGAAGGAGAUCCGCGAGGAUGGAGUGUGGUGGAGAUUCCUUGAUCCCAACGUUAGCUGGAGUGAGGUUUUGAGCUCCCAUCCUGCAGCAUCAGUCCCAAAGAAUAAUCUCAAAGCGCCACCUCUUGACCCCGCAAACCCGACACCAGCCCAUGGCUGGCUCCCGAUUCCGUCUACAUCCGCAAAGCUCAAACCCAGCGGUGGGAGUACCACGGCUGCUGGAACCGCAGCAUCGCCCACGUCACCCAGUGAAUCAGAGCCGCCCACGUUCCCAGGACCUGAGAUGCUCGGGCGGUUCCCUCCUGAGUCACGCAAGCUUAGCGAGCAAGAACUGGAUCCUUACUUUAUUAAUUUUGAAGCGUCUACGCGAGAGCUAGAAUUACUUUUGCAGGGCAACAUCGAGAAAGUUAAUCGACGAACUCUCUCGCACUUGUCUGGGCUCUCAGCCGACCUCAUGGAGUUGGGAGCGCGUUACAACGGAUUCUCUCUUUCUGAGCAGUCACCAACAGUGGCUGCCGCCAUUGAGCGGAUCGGCCAGGCCGCAGAUACCUCUUAUAUUGAAACCGAAGAACUAUCAUCCGCUUUGAGCGCAAGUUUUGCGGAACCUAUGCGGGAGAGCGCUCAGUUUGCUAGUGUGGUUCGCGGAGUUCUACGAUACAGAGUGCUCAAGCGGGUACAACAAGAAAUGACUCGCGAUGAGUUGUCGAAGAAAAAAACCCUACUAGACUCCCUUGAGCGCAGUGAACUCGAGGCCAAGCGCAUCGAGCAGUACCUCAACCGCACCAACCCUCAUUCUGGAGGGACGAAGCCUCGUUCUCUGUCAACCUCAUCCGCCGUCAGCAGCGAAGGGGGAAUGGUCCCGUCAUGCCAGCUGACUCAGACCGGAGGACUUAAGAGGUCUGACCCGUCAGUACCAGGCUCUCCUGCUCAUCGGAAGUCAUCUAGCGGGACUUUUGUGGCGAACAAAAUCUUCGGUCGCAUCAGCCAUGCUAUCCACGGGUUUGCGGAUGUAGAUCCCGAACGAACACGUCGGGACCAGAUCGGAAAGACGAAAGAAAGUCUGAUUCAGUUGGAGCAAGCGUUAGAAGUGUCCGAGAAGGACGUCAAGGAUGCGAGCGCGGGCGUACUACACGAUCUAAAGCGCUUCCAGAAGGACAAAGAAGCCGAUCUGCGACGAUACAUGGUCGCAUAUGCUCGUUGCCACUUGGACUGGGCUCGGAAGAACCUGGAAACAUGGACCGAGGCCAAAGAUGAGGUAGACAAGAUCGUGGCUCGAUAG